AUGAAACUAUCAAACCUGCUAUUCCUAGGCUUAUUAGCCAAAAAUCAAUUUUUACAAUACUCUACUACAGGAGAUAAUACAUCUUCUAAAAAUGGGAGCAAUGAUACCGACGGUGAUUUGAGUGCAAAAAGUGUAGCGUUUGGUAUAGAUUUCGGUACAACAAAUACCGCAGCAGCAAUCUUCACUAAUGGUCAACCAUUAGUUAUACAAAAUGCUAACGGAAAAACUACUACUCCGAGUUACAUAGGUUUCAAUAAAAAUUCUUUAGAAAGAUUAAUUGGAGAAGAAGCGAAAAAUGAAAUGAUGAACGGAAAUCCAGAUUUUCAUAAGAAUGUCUUCUCUCUUUUAAAACGUCUAGUAGGUUUAGAUCCUAACAGCCAAAAAUUUAAAGAAGUUUUACGAUUCUUUAAAGGAAACGUCGACAUCAAAGUUAAAAAUGGAAAAACCUAUUUUGUUGUAACUAGAAAUGGUAAGCAAGUAGAACACACUGUACUUGAACUUAUUGUUGAAUUUUUAUCAAUAUUCUUUGGUCAAGUCAAAGCUAAAACUGGACUAAAUAUUACUGAUGUUGUAAUAACUGUACCAGCUUAUUUCAAUGAUGCCCAACGUACAGAAAUCAAGAAUGCCGUACAACUAGCGGGAUACAAAACUUUAAGAGUUAUCAAUGAACCGACAGCCGCUGCAGUUGCAUACGGACUUGACAGAAAACCACAAAAAGAAAACGAAGAAGAGCUCAUACUUGUUUUCGAUCUCGGUGGUGGUACUUUUGAUGUUAGUAUUUUAUCAUUACAAGAUGGUGUAUUUGAAGUUACUGCUACUGGAGGUGACACUUACUUAGGUGGAGAAGAUAUUGAUAAGAAUAUUGCACAGCAUAUCGCUGAUAAGUUCAAGAAAGAUCACGGUAUUAACUUAGCUGAUAACCCGGAUGUUUUUCUCAAACUUAGAUUACUUUCUGAAAAAGCUAAGAGAGAACUCUCUAGUUCUGAAGAAUUCCACUUUUUCAUGCCUCGUAUAGUUGGAGACAUUGAUCUUGAUUACAAAUUAACUAGAGCCACAUUCGAAGCUAUUAACGAUCUUUUCUUCCAAAAAGUAAUGAAGAUAGUUUCUAAUGUAAUGAAAGAUGCUUCUAGGGACGCUAAUGACAUCCACCAAGUUAUUUUAGUGGGAGGAUCUAGUAGAAUUCCAAAAAUCCAACAACUCUUGACCAAGAAAUUCGGUGAAUCUAAGAUCAACAGAUCAGUUAACCCAGAAGAAGCUGUUGCAAUAGGUGCAUCUAUUCAAGCUGCUAUUCUUAAUGGGGAAUUGACUGAUAAAAACUUACUAUUAUUAGAUGUCGCGCCUUUAUCAUUAGGUAUUGAGACUGCCGGAGGUGUUAUGACAACUAUUAUCAAAAGAAAUACUAUGAUUCCCACUAGUAAGAGCCAAAUAUUCAGUACUUAUAGUGACAAUCAAACUUCAGUAAGAGUGCAAGUCUACGAAGGUGAAAGACCCAUGACUAAGCACAACCACUUACUUGGUACUUUUGAACUUUCUGGAAUUCCUCCUGCUCCUCGUGGUGUUCCUCAAAUUGAAGUUAGCUUUAACAUCGACGUUAAUGGUAUAUUGAAUGUAACUGCUGUCGAUAAAGCAACUGGAAACAAAGAUCAAAUCACCAUUAACAAUGAUAGAGAUGGUUUAGACAAAGAAACUAUUGAAAGAAUGAUUGAAGAAGCUCACGCCAACCAAGAAAGUGAUGAAAAAUUCAGAAAGAAGGUCGAAUCUAGAUCUAAAUUGACUGUUUAUGUUGAUACCAUUCAGAAACAAGUCAACGAUAAAACUAUUGUUCAAAGUUUAGAUGCUCAAGAUCUCGACCAAAUUAAGAAAAUCGCAGAAAAAGUUCGAACGUGGUUAGACGCCAACCAAGAGGCUGAAUCAGAAGAUUUCGAAGAAAAAUACAAGGAAAUCGAAUCUGUUGUGAGCCCAAUAUUUAGCAAAAUAUACGAAUCCAUCAAAAAAACAGGUGCUAAUCCCAACAGCUUUGAUAAUGCAAGCACUGAUAAUGAUGAUGACGAUGAUUUUAGUGAGGAACUCUAA